AUCUUUAAUUUUCUCUAUUAGAGAUAUGUUUUAAUGAGUAGUAUCAUUUGCUGUCAAUAGCAUGCUUCAUAUCCUGAUCUGGGUGCAACUACUUUCUUCUUUAGUGUAUGUGAUGGUGAUUGAGGUAAGAAUUGGAUGCCUCCAAUAAGGUAGCCUAACUGAGAUAAUGUAAACAUUAGAUGGCUUUAGUGUUCAGUCUCUAACACUUGACUGAAUUAUUACAAGCAGGGCAGAUUCUGAUUGGAAGCAUUAAUACGUAAAAACAGAAAGGAAGGAUUGGGAAGUUUUAAUUGAUUUGGUUUCCAGGUGAAGCAUAGAUUUGAUUUUGUUACCCUUCGCAAAUUUUCAUGUACUGCUGUGAAUUUUCUUAGAAACCCAACUGAAGUUAUUUUGUUGCUUGUCAUUAGAAAUUCAGGGUUUUGAAAUGAGGUUAACUUCAAAGCGUUUAAAAUGAGCAAAGAUUGAAUGAUGCUGGUAGUGAUUCUGAAAAUGAACAACUGAUGAUGGUGUGAUGAAAUGGGGAAGAGGAAGAUGCAAGUCUUGUAGAGGAAGAGUCCCGGGUUCUGGUCUCCAAUGAACUCCAAGUACUCCUAAGUGGUAUCAUUUCUGAUUUUGGUGUCAUAAACUCCAACUGGUCUCCUAUAAGUUCUGUUUAGGUUGAAGAGCAGUCCUCCAAGUCCAUAUAAAGCUUGUUACUAGAUCCAAAUUCACAGGUUCAUUAGCAAAUAUGUGGGUUUGUGAUUCUGCAACGUCAAAAUCCAGUUUCCUGCCAGAAGAUAUGCUCCUGCUUGUGCUUAUAUGAUGGUGAAGCAAUUGAAGAAGGGGACACUGACGAUGAUGCUAAUGUUGUUGAUUUUGAGAUUGCUUCUAAUGGUGAAAGGCAACAGGAAAAGGAGCGUGGGAGAGAAGGCCUCCCGUGGAGCUAAGAAGUCUCCCUGCUCCGACUACUCUGGGAAGCAAAUAAAGAAACAAGACAAGCAGGGGAAAGUGCCCUCAAAGAGAAAGUAUAGAAGAAUCUUUCUUUGGGUCGCCAACACUCUGUAAGUAGCAGAAUCAGGGAACCCUUCCAUGGAGAGACAUCAAACUCAUAGCACCUUUGAACACUGAACACUCAAAAAGACAGUCUGGGAAAGCAAGGCAAUAUCUUAUCAUUCUUAGAAAGAGUUGACUUGGACAAAAGUUUCUGCUUCUUCCUAGCCGUCAUUCUUCACUAGAUUACAUUCUUUCUUUUGGUUGGACGAUACUUCUAAUUCAUGUUUAUCAACAAUUUUUAAUGGGAAAUCCAAACUCCAAGGUAGGCUAUUUGCUUCCGGAUUUCCACCUUUCUUCGCUACCUAGGAUGCAGUUUGAAACAGCUUUUGUAAAUAACCUUCUUUAGGAAUAUACAACAGAUUUUGGA